UCUGGCCACUAACAGUUUACCCACAAAGCACUGCGGCAGCGCUUCCCUUUCUUCUCGGUGGAGCAGCGGUCCAAAAUGUCGAUGUUAGAUGGUCCGUUAAACGUGCUCGGCCAGAGAACUACUGGCGAGUCUGUUCGCACUCAGAAUGUCAUGGCUGCUUCAUCCAUCGCCAACAUCGUCAAGAGCUCCCUCGGACCGGUGGGCCUUGACAAGAUGUUGGUGGAUGACAUAGGGGACGUAACCAUCACCAACGACGGUGCUACCAUCCUGAAGCUGCUGGAGGUAGAGCAUCCUGCUGCCAAGGUCCUCUGUGAAUUGGCUGACCUGCAGGACAAGGAGGUUGGAGAUGGAACUACCUCUGUGGUAAUCAUUGCUGCUGAGCUGCUCAAAAGUGCGGAUGAGCUGGUUAAGCAGAGGAUUCACCCAACUUCUGUCAUCAGUGGAUACCGUUUGGCCUGCAAAGAGGCGGUGCGUUACAUCAAUGAAAAUUUGACUAUUGGGACAGAUGAUCUGGGAAGAGAGUGCUUAAUCAACGCAGCGAAAACCUCCAUGUCUUCCAAAAUCAUUGGAGUUGAUUCAGAAUUCUUCGCUAACAUAGUAGUUGAUGCUGCAAUGGCUGUUAAGUUUGUUGAUGGCAAAGGAGUGGCCAAAUACCCCAUCAACUCUGUCAAUGUGUUGAAGGCUCAUGGCCGCAGCCAGAAAGAAAGCUUCCUGGUCAAUGGAUAUGCAGUCAACUGCACAGUUGGUUCACAAGAAAUGGUGAAGCGUAUCGUAAAUGCUAAGAUAGCCUGUCUAGACUUCAGCCUACAGAAAACCAAGAUGAAGAUGGGAGUCCAGGUCAUCAUCAAUGACCCAGAAAAACUCGACCAGAUCAGGCAGCGGGAAUCUGACAUCACCAAAGAGAGGAUUCAGAAAAUUUUGGCAGCUGGAGCUAAUGUUGUACUGACCACUGGGGGCAUUGAUGAUAUGUGUCUGAAGUACUUUGUGGAUAGUGGAGCCAUGGCAGUGAGGCGGGUUCUCAAGAGGGACCUUAAACGCAUCGCAAAAGCAACAGGAGCCACCGUCUGCCCCUCCCUCUCCAAUCUGGAAGGAGAAGAAACAUUUGAAGCCACUAUGCUCGGCCAGGCUGAGGAGGUUGUCCAGGAGAGAAUUUGCGAUGAUGAGCUCAUCCUGAUCAAGAAUACAAAAGCACGCACAUCAGCCUCCAUCAUUUUGCGUGGAGCUAACGACUUCAUGUGUGACGAAAUGGAGCGUUCAGUGCAUGAUGCUCUCUGCGUGGUCAAGCGGGUCCUUGAGUCUAAGUCUGUUGUACCAGGAGGGGGCGCUGUCGAGGCAGCACUGUCAAUUUACCUGGAAAACUAUGCUACCAGCAUGGGUUCCAGAGAGCAGCUGGCCAUUGCUGAGUUUGCAAGGUCUCUUCUCAUCAUACCCAAGACUCUGGCUGUGAAUGCAGCCCAGGACUCCACAGACCUGGUGGCCAAGCUGAGGGCUUUCCAUAAUGAAGCUCAGGUCAACCCUGAGCGCAAGAACCUGAAAUGGAUCGGCCUGGACUUGGUGAACGGCAAACCAAGGGACAACCGUCAGGCUGGAGUGUAUGAACCCACCAUGGUCAAGACAAAAAGCCUGAAGUUUGCCACUGAGGCUGCCAUCACCAUCCUGCGUAUCGACGACCUCAUCAAACUGUUCCCAGAGCCAAAAGAAGGCGGAAAGUCCUAUAGAGAUGCUGUAGAAUCUGGAUCUCUAGAAGGUUGAAAUCUUUGCCGGUCACUGUAGGUUUACUGCCUGUAUUUAUGUUUCUGAGCUCUUCGUGGCUGCUAGCGUAAGCCAUGCAUUCUGCAUUUCUCUCACUCCCAUCACUUAUAAGGUUCAUUAUUCCAAAGGAACUGUUAGUGACUGUUUUGUUUCAGACACAAAAAUAAAGCUUCAGUGGUUGUAAA